GCGUCAAGCACUGAAGGGGUGGCUCCCGCGAUUCUUGUUGUCAGGGUGUUUUUGUUUCCGGAAACAAGAAAACACAUAGCAAGGUGUUCUUAUUCCCCGAUCUCGUGCGGUCUGUGGGCGGCAUCGCACCAGCUUCUCCUCCUCUACUCUUCGCUGAGCACUGCGAUGGCGAGUUCGUGGUCGCGGGCGCUGACGCAGAUCUCGCCCUACACCUUCGCCUCCGUCGGCAUCGCCAUCUCCAUCGGCGUCUCGGUCCUCGGGGCCGCCUGGGGGAUUUAUAUCACCGGGAGCAGCUUGAUUGGUGCCGCGAUCAAAGCCCCCAGAAUCACCUCGAAAAAUCUCAUUAGUGUUAUCUUCUGUGAGGCUGUUGCUAUAUAUGGAGUUAUCGUUGCAAUUAUCCUACAAACGAAGUUGGAAAGUGUGCCAGCAUCGAAAAUAUAUGAUCCAGAGUCUCUAAGAGCAGGAUAUGCAAUUUUUGCUUCUGGGAUUAUUGUGGGUUUUGCAAAUCUGAUGUGUGGGCUUUGUGUAGGAAUAAUUGGAAGCAGUUGUGCUCUAUCCGAUGCUCAAAAUUCAACACUUUUUGUGAAGAUUCUGGUCAUUGAAAUAUUUGGUAGUGCACUUGGGUUAUUCGGCGUGAUUGUUGGAAUUAUUAUGUCAUCGCAAGCAACAUGGCCAGCAAAAUCAACAUGAGCUGUUUUCGUCAGGGCCAAUGAGCUUCAUUUGUUCCCCGAAAGAUCAAAUCUGUGCAGUAUAUCUCAAUCAUGAUCAGCACUCACAACUUUCUUCAUCAGAGAUCUCUAUAUCUAUCCCUCAGCUGAAGUUGCAGUUUCGUUUCAUCUUCUGCGAGUUCCAUUCCGUUCCUCCUUUGAUCUCCACAAUCCCGGCCGAGCUGCUCGUCUUCUUCUUGCUCAAAUUGACCAACCAAACAACCAUGAGCUGCAGCAAUCAGACGCCUCAUUUCGUCUUGGUUCCCUUCUUUGCCCAAGGUCACAUGAUCUCCAUGCCCCGUCUUCUCGCUGGCUUGCAGAUUCGGCUCGCCGAGCUCAGUUUCCCCUGCGCUGACGCUGGAUUGCCGAAGGGCUGCGAGAACUUGGACCUCCUCCCGUCGGCAGAACUCAUGCUCAACUUCUUUGCAGGGUUGAGCAUGCUGCGAGAAAUCCUUGUCGCCCUACCUCCGUGGGCAGUGGCCGAAGCCAAGCUGCAUCAUCUCCGAUUCAUGCAUGAUGCAUCCCGUGGACGAGGGACGUGGCUCACGAGUUCCGAGUGCCUCGUUUGGUGUGUUCCAUGGGCCCUCCUGCUUCUUCCUCAGGUGCAGUCAGAACGUGAGUAAGCACAAGUCCGGUGAGCAGUCCGCUGACCUAUUCGAACCUUUGCUCGUGCGCGACCUGCCUCACAAGGUGGAGGUGGUAAGAGACCAGUCUUUGAAGUUCUUUAGCUAUCCAGGAUGGGAGAAGCAUCAUGACGAGGCGAUGGAAGCUGAUGGGUUGGUGAUGAAUAGCUUUCAUGAACUGGAGGCUUCGUACAUCGACAGCUACCAGGCGGCGCUCGACAAGAAGGCUUCCUGCUAUAACUUUCAUCGGCUGCCUUUUAGUUCUGCAGUUAGUGGGGUUCGGUCCCUGUUGAGUUGGGCUUUGGGCCGGAUUUAUAUAUCUCACCGGCUUCCCUACGUAGCUCGGCCCAACAGGCUCAGAUUUCUCCGAGCCCAUAUAUAUAUAUAUAUAUAUAUAUAUAUAUAUAUAUAUUAUAGUAGAAAACAUAUACCGAUUUGUUUGGGGAUUUAAACGCAAAAAAGAAUCGCAUGAACAUUCUAAAAGGCGAGAGAUAAGCUCGGAAGAAGCAGCCGGCGGACGCGGGAGGGGACAUGUGGUCGCUGACGGCGAAGGUCCAAGGAGGCAGAGGACAGGGGAUGCCGCACGACUAUUUGUAGCGCAUUCACGAUCUCCAGCUCCAGAUUCUGCAGAAGACCAACAAACUCCUGCGCCUUGAAGCAUCCCGACGCCUGAGGUACAUGCCCCCAUUCUAAAACCCUAACCCUAGAAUUGCUUUCUUGGGCGUUUGUUCUUCGCGUGCUCGGCGUCCUAUUCAUUUAUCGUGUUUGGGCGGUGUUAUAGUUUGUUUUAUGGAAUGUUGAAUGUUAAAGCAAGGAAGAUAAGAUUUAAAUUCCAAUGCCAUUUUUUGUUCAUGGCGACGGCUUAUGUGGGUUGUGGUUGCGGUAAGGAUGCUCCGAGAGGAACUGCAGGUUCUUCAGGAGCCUUCUGCCUAUGCCGAUGAGGUGGUGAAAGUUACGGGGAUACCAGAGAAGAAGGGAUGGAAGGCGGGGGACGGGUAUCGAAGGCAUGAGAAAUCAAGGAACAAGGCCAGAAGGUUGUUAUCUACCUGUUGCACAAGUUGAUAUAUGAUUUAUGCACAUGUUUAGUCUCUAUUUUCAAAAUACAUUUGUAAGCAUCGGGGUUCUUUUAGUACAUAAAAUUGAUCAAGCACUUCUUCUGCUGAUAUCAGUGAUGUUGGAGAGUAAAUCUGAAACCGAGUCUUAUAGUUAUAGCAUCUAUGAUGAUGAUGGAAAUUGCAAACGACAAGGAUGAAAGUCUCAAGGCCUUUUUUUUCUGGUAGCUCUAAUUUCUUAACUUUAAAGUUUCUUUAGUGCUUCCAAUGAAUCCAUGUAGUUGCUUGUUAAGAUCAUGAAAUGAAAAUAAUAAAAAUGAAAAUUUUAUGUAUAUAGUAGACUUUCCCUCUUCCGUAAUUGUCAAUAGAAGUUGGAGGCUAGUUAUCCGUUAAAGAAGCAAAACACAUGGUUGAGUUAUUUCUGAUAUUUGACUUAUGUGCUGUUUUAUCCAAUCCGAACAUGUAUUCUCCGUGUUUGUGAAUCAUAUGCUGCUAUUGUUGCUAUUUAUUUUAUUUUAUUGCCUUCUUUAACGCUCUUGAGAUAUUGCUGGGAUUUCACCACACCCUUAACUUGAAGCUUCGGCAGAAGCCCAUCUAGAAAAAAUUAGAAGUCCCGUUGGAAAAUUGUUAGCAAAGCUCCAGCUGAUCAGAAUAGGGGAAGUAAAAAAGCAGAAGCCCUGUUAAAGUUCAUAGUAGAAGCAAGUCAAAUCUCAACAAGGUCCUUGCAGCAGAGAAUCCAAAUGAGAACAUGGUGAUAUCAUGCUCUAAUACUUUUUUGAGCCGAGUUAGAAAACCUUGAUACGGUUGUGUUUGUGCCUGAAGAUCAAUAAUUUCCAGUUAACACAUGACCUGCUAAUCAUGAUGUUGUUCAUUUAUAGCAACUUUUAUCUUUAAGGAUGAUUAUUUAUCACUUACAUCUCAAUGUUUCAACGAUUACAACCGUAGUCACCAUCAUGGAGAUUCUUAAAAACAGUGGUUUUGCAAUGAGUAGAGUAAGAAUUUUUUAUUCUGUUAUUUAUCCUGUUAGAUAAUACUACCACAUUGUUGGACUCAAUUGCGAAAAAAUAAAUCAGAGAUAUUGACAUCUAUUGUUGAUGUGAAGAACGAAUCAAGAGGGUGAUCAAUGCAAAAGGCCAAGGUAUGAUGUUAACUACUGAUUUAAGCCUGAGGUAUGGUGUCACGGUAAGGUUACUCUUUCACGACUGAAGUACUUAUAGUAACUGAUAGCUGCAGCAACGGAUGAAGACACUACGGAUGGUGAGGAGCAGACCUGUAAGAACAAAUUCUCACUUUUGUGUUUUGUGCUCAUUUGAGAUACUAAAGAGACUGUAGUUCCAGUUGGAACAGAAUUUGUCAAUUAGAACCGAUUUUGAUGGUCUUUUUAAACUGGUUUCUCUUAUCACAUUAUGGAAACAUAUUGUUUACAAUAUGGAAUUCUGCUUGCUGAAUUUAUUUGGCAGGGACUGAUUAUGGAUUUAUAUGGAAUUUAUAUGUAGAAAACAUUUUGCUGAAUUUAUAUGGAAUUCUCAGACUAUUAGGACUGAUUGUGGAUUUAUAUGGAAUUUAUAUGUAGAAAACAUAUUGCUGAAUUUAUAUGGAAUUCUCAGUCCAUUAUGGAAACAUAUCAGUUCAAGGAAAAGAAGGUGGAUGCCUGGUUGUGAUGCAACUGGGACUGAAGCAUCCAAAACUUGCAUUUCUAUGUUGCCAAAGCUCAUCAAAUUCAACAUUCCCUUAUUCUGAUUCCGGUCUUGACUGUCAUGCUUCAUUAUGUGGUUUAAAAUUUUGUUGUAUGGACAAAGUUUGAGCCAGUUUAAAGUUUGAUUCUACAUCUAUAGUUUGUAGUUUGUAUAUUAGCACUGAAGGGAAAUAGCCUAAAAUUGUACUUUUGCUGAUUGGAGUUUCUCUUUUUUGUUCUUGAACAGGAGUAAAUGACAAGUGAUCAAUAUAAACCACAUCCUCUAUUCUAGUAUGGCAUUGGAGUCUCUACCUUUGAUUUGUAAUACACUUUCAAUGAAGCUUGAUGAUUUUAUCGACACUGCACCGACAUAAAUCCACUGGAAUUUAGUAUUACAUGUUGUUGGUGUUUAGUGCAGGCUCUACUCUGGUGCUGAUUUGGAAGCUACUUAGUGUUACAAGUUGUUGAAGCACCUCCUCAGAACACAGUCGUAGCUGCCUCAUCUAGGUUGGGAGUUAGAACAGAGAAAAGCCAUUUUAGCACAUCUUGGAGUUGCUUGUAAGUGAACUGUUUGCAAGUCAUUUUGAAGAAUUGCUUGUAAGUGAUCAAACAACUCAUAAAGAAGUACUGAUGUUAAUGUAUAAUGUUCAAAGGAUUCUUUUUGGGUGACA